UUCAUUUCAUGAUCCGUGAUAGAGCGGAGCAUUGCGCGGCAAAAUCGUCGCGUAGAUAAAACACAGAAGAUAAUUCAGUGUUGUGUGAGAUGUCGGACACAAUAGUUGCACGUACAGCUUUAGGACCAAUUCGUGGAGUAAAAAGUGAAGGAGUUUGGGGUGCUAAAUACCUCAGUUUCUUUCGCAUUCCCUAUGCAAAACCACCAAUUGGAGAAUUGCGAUUUAGGGAUCCUCUUCCACCUGAAUCAUGGGAAGAUACUCUCGAUUGUACAAAGGAGAGCAUGGGAUGUGCUCAGAAAAUGAUUUUGCUGGAGGGAUUUCUAGGUGACGAAGAUUGUCUUCAUGUCAACGUUUAUACAAAGAAUCAAAAUCCAAAGAGACUUCUUCCUGUCAUGGUGUACAUUCAUGGUGGGGCAUUCAUUAGUGGUGCUGGCACUUCAAUGAUGUUUGGCCCUGACUUUCUUAUGGAGAAAGAUGUGGUCUUGGUCACACUACACUACAGGGUGGGAGCUUUGGGUUUUAUGAGUUUUCAGGAUCCUACACUCAAUAUCCCUGGAAAUGCAGGACUCAAGGACCAAUUGAUGGCACUCAAAUGGGUUAGGGACAAUAUCUCUUAUUUCGGUGGAGACCCAAAUAAUGUUACGCUCUUUGGUGAAAGUGCAGGAGGAGCAUCUGUGCAUUACUUAAUGCUCUCAGAUCUGGCUAAGGGUCUUUUCCAUCGUGCCAUCGUAAUGUCUGGAACAGUGUAUGACCCUUGGGCAUUUCCUCCAGAUCUUGAUUGGGCAGCUAAACUUGCUCUGUCUUUGGGAUGGAAUGGUGAAGGAGGUGAAGCUGGAAUGCUAGAGAUUUUACAGAAAGUCGAUCAAGUAACUCUAUCUGAGAAGCAGGUUGAUUUCAUAACCCAUGAAAAUCGCAAGAACGGUGUAAUCUUUCACUUUGGACCAGUAGUUGAGCCACAUUGGAGUACCAAUGCGAUAAUUACAAAACUUCCACGUGAUAUGGCUAGAACGGCAUGGGGAAACUCCAUUCCCAUAAUGACUGGCGGUUGUGCUGAUGAGGGACUUUUGCUGUACAAAGAGAUCAGCUCAGAUGAUAAUUUUCUUGGAGAUCUCUCCAAUUUAGUGCCAUGGGAACUCAAUCUUGGCCCUCAAAGUGCACAACGGAAAAAUGUCGCUAAAACGCUGAGAGACUUUUACUUCAAUGGAAAUGUAUCUAGCAAGGAUGGCCUUCAGAAUCAUAUCAAGUUUCUGGGAGAUAAAUACUUUUGGCACGGACUCUAUCGCGUUGUACGUGCACGAUGUGAAUACGCCCCACGAGUACCGACCUUUCUCUAUCGCUUUGCCGUCGAUUCUCCGGAAUACAAUUUUCUGAGAGCAGUCUUCUGUGGCGAUGGGGUCAGUGGUGUGUGCCAUGGUGAUGAUUCUAAUUAUAUUUUCAAGUCGGGACUGGUACACACAGUACCCAAACCUGGAAGCCUUGAGCACACAACAAUCAAUCGAAUGGUGAGCAUGUGGACGAGUUUUGCAAUCACUGGAAAUCCCAACUGUGAUGCAAUUGCACCAACAAAGUGGCUACCAGUAUCUCCUAAUGGACCACCCUAUCGCUGUCUCAAUAUUUCUGAAGAACUUGCCUUUUGUCUAUUGCCCGAAACUGAAAGAUUAUCCACUUGGGACUCUCUCUUUGACCGUGAUCAACUAAUUUGAAAUAAAUUGGCAGAAUAUGGAAUGCAGUUGUUUUUGUUUAGCCAAUUAGUGCCACUGAUUUACUGUUUAGCCACAAUUUCAAUAACUAUUGAAGAUAAUCUAAAAACUAUGGCAGAGAUACUCUCUAAAAAUUUAGUUAAGCUCUAUAUUAAAUUUUCCAAUAAGCACUUUUGUGUGAAAAUUCAAAGCGCGUAUAACAAAGAUACGAUUGAAAUUAAAAUUUUAUAAUUUCUCAGACACGUUGCUCAAAUAUCCUCUUCAGUACAUUUUAUGCAGUUGGUGUAUUGAAAUGCAAGUCAAUUGAACAUGACUAUACACAUAGCAUUUGUUACAUGAUAUUAACUUUUUUUGCUAAAGGUUUGAGUUUGUUUUUGCAAUUUUAUUAAAAAAUAAUAGGAUGGAAUAAAAAUAUAAUAUGUAUUCA